GUUUCUGCUGAUUUUCCAAAGUCGCCAGUGAUGGAACAUGAGGUUGUGAUGAAGCUCUUUGAUUCUUGCUGGUUUGAGCUUGAGAUUUUGAUAAAUAAUAACUCAAGAUCUUCUAUGUCAACAAGUACUACAGAAAAUCUAAAUCAUCCGAUAAAAGAAGAACCAUCAGAACCAAAGCUUACACCGAUCAAAAUCACUAAUACAAGAUCCAUGAGUGACCAAUCCAUGACAAGUUUCGACUAUAAUUAUCUUUCACCAGACUCUGUCCUCCUCCCUACAAAGCUCCAAACUAAUCUCUCAGGAAAAGAAGUCACGGACUCAGAAGCUGAAAACCCAGCAGAGAUGAUACAUCAUGAAGUGUUGUUACCUGAGAAGAAAAUCACAAGCAAUGGGAGGGAGAAAAGAGAAAGGAAGAGUGUGUCAGAGCUUGAAUUCGAGGAGCUAAAAGGGUUCAUGGAUCUGGGUUUUGUUUUUACAGAGGAAGAUAAAGACUCAAGCUUGGCUUUAGUCCUUCCUGGGUUGCGAAGGUUGGGGAAGAAAAAGGAGGAAGAAGAUGAUUCUUGUGUUAAGUCUGUGAUUGAAAGACCUUACCUAUCUGAAGCAUGGGAGGGUCAUUACAGGAGAAAAAAAGAUAACCCCUUGAUGAAUUGGAAAAUCCCUGCUAUGAACAGUGAAACUGACAUGAAAGAUAGUCUCAGAUGGUGGGCUCACACCGUUGCUUCCUCUGUCAGAUGAAGCAGCUCAUAAUCCAAGUUUUUUCUGCUUUUCACAUUUAUAUUUUGCUAAUAUCUUUUAAAUUUUUUUAUACUUUUAGGAUAGUGCAUCUUCUUU